AUGCAUGGCUUAAUCUUUGAGACAAGCAUAUGCUACUGGCAGGAUCAACCAGGUAGGGGAGCGAGCACGAGGAGCCGGGUGUGCCGGGAGCAGGGGGGGGGGUGGUGGCCCGGGACGCGGGCGAGCUGUAGCAGCGGGCGAGCCCAGAAGACCCGCGAGGCGAGGAAGCGGGGAGAAGGGGGUGUGGUCGGGAAGGCGCCCACCCGACCCACCGGCCCCCACACCCGCGGCGAGGACGCCCGAUCGCGCACACAACCCUCGGUCCACGAGGGACACAGCGCGCCGCGCCGGCCGCCACCGCGUGAAGGAACGAGGGGAGGGGCGCGGCGGGCCCCCCUCCUCCUCCGCACCCCACCCCCUCCCCGUCGCGGGCCCGCCCGCCCCGGCGGCCCCGGGAGCCGGGCCGGGGACCCCCGGCCGGGCCACGCCGCGGACGGCCGACGCGCCCUCAAGCGCCCGUCCGUCCCGCCCACCCCAGAGGGGCGGGGGACGCCGGGCAGCGAGGACACGGCGACCGGCCCGCGGGAGGCAGACCGGGGACCCGACCCGCGCUCGGGACAGCGCAUCGGAGCAGGGGGCGCGGCGGGGGGGGCUGGUGGGAGGGUCGGGGGGGGUCGCGGGCGCUCCCCCUCGCCCAGCCCGCGACGACGUCGGCGGACAGGCGGCGGCGGCAAAGCGGGCAACAGAUCGGGGCCGCGGCAGGCCCGGGGAAGCGAGACACGCCAGGGCGCGGCCCCGGGGAGCAGCAGAUGGGGAGCGGACCGAGGCGGACGGACGGACGGACGGAGAAGGGCACGGACGGGGUGCAGCCACGUGACACCAACGCCACAGAACCGGCGGUGGAGGCGGGGGUGGCCGCGCGCCACCGCGAGGGGGAUGGCUCAAAACGACCCGGGGGAAGCGAGUCAGCCGCCAGGGCGCACCGCGGGGGCGCACCCCUCACGGGGCCUCACGCCCACCGCCAACCCUACACACCCGGAGCCGCAGCCGGCCCAGGAGAACGCUCUCCCGCCGCGUACCGGCGGCCCCCACAGCCCUCACACGCGCAACCCUGCUGUGCGCGCCAAGGCUCCCCCCGCCCCGCCCCCCUCUCAGGGCUCCGAGGGCCCUGCUCCACCCGGGGACGCCACCGGCCGACGGAGGCCGGGAGACGACACCCACGUGAGGCGAGGCCGGCUCGGUCCCAGACCGCGGGGAACGGGGGUGGAAGGGGACACAGGCGGUCGCACGCGCGGGACGAGGAGGAAGGCCGGCAGCGGUGGGGAGGGGCCGGCAAGCACGCGCAAGCAGGGGUCACGGGACGGGGGCGAGGGCGCCGCCCGGAGACCAGAAAACACCAGGACACAGCCGGGCCACCAGGAAAACCAGCGCGGGAUCCCACCGCCACCCACACACGAGGGCGGUCCCACAACGCCUGGGACGCCGGCCGCUCCUGGCCAUCCCUGGAGCGGGCCCCACACCCCAGCCCCGCCGCCAGGGCCGGCGUGCCGUCCACCCACCUUCCUCCAUCCAUCCAUCCUCAACAGAUCCGUCUUCCGUCUAAGUCUGACCCCGAGGCUCAACAUCCUGGGGACACACUCUCGAGCGAGGGCGGCCCAGACCGGGGGCCCACCACACCGCCACCGGCUGCGGCUCAGGGGCAAGGGCGGGCACGACAGGCUCCUCCUCACCACGGCUGCGGGGCUGGGGGAGCCGGGGCCGACCAGGCAGUCGCACCCCAACCCCCCCGCCUUCCCCCUGGGCUCACACCACGGGGCCGGCUGCGCGCACACAGCACACGCACGGCCCCCCACUCGCCGAACACCCGGCGGGGCCCGGCGGGACCCUCCCCCAACUCAGAGGGGGGAGGCGCGGGCCGCAGUAGGCAACAAAAGCAGCACACGGCCCCACCGCGGGGCCGGCGCACCCAUCACACCCCUUCCCCACAGAGGGGAGGGGGGGUUUUCUGCCCACGUGCUCUGGCAGUCGCCACGGUGGCCACUGCACACUCGGGAGGGGCAGCAGCUGGGGGGUCCGGAGCCGCCACUCAACUGGGCGGGAGGGGUCUGCGGCAUAGGUAAGCGGGCCACCACACAGGAGCGUGUGCGCGGGUCAGGGCCCCCUGGCAAGGCCUCACCCGUCAGCCGCCACAACGAGGGGAGCGCACAAUGCUUCUCUUACCGUCUCGACCCCCCCCCCAUGGGACACACGCACACCACCGCGGCGGGGACCCGAGGAGGACACAGGGUUAAGGGAAAACGACACCACCACUCGGCCUCAGGCACCUGA